UUUCAAGCUCGUCAACCCGGCGAUGUAGUACAUACCGCCUAGCCGUCGUGCGCUUGACGGGCUGUUUCAGGCUUUAGGUAAACCCAACCCCCAUGCUCUUCCGUACGCGAAGCAUGCUAACCACACAUAUGCCUAGCCGUGUGCUCAGCGGGGUCCUACGCCGUGCCCAUCUCGUCGCUCCACAUCGGGCUGCAGGUCCUGUAUGUCGUCACGAUGCAUGUACAUCUCGGUGUACCCGGUCGUCAGUCACCAUGCGGCACUCCAAUUUUAUACGAGGAACGCUCGCUCGGCACCUCCGCCGAGGACGAAAUCCCCGCGGCAGACCCCAAGAAAGCUACCGCCGAUUCGACCCGGAACCGCCGCCGCCAUCACAGUAGCAGUAGCGUGUUCGCCGCCCUCAGGCAGACCUCGGAGCGGCGUUCACGUUACACGGCGUCAGGGCCAGCGCCCCACCCCCCAACCAAGACCCAGACACUCCCCAUCAACUUCACCACGCAGCAAAUCCGCGGCCAACUAGCACACGACAUCUAGUGGCCAGUCCAUGCUCAUCACCGUAAAAAUUAACACGCCGCAAUUCCUCACCGACCCGGCCCACUUCAGCGUGUUUAACGUCAUCUUCGAGGUGG